AUGGGAAGCUCAAAGCAAGGUGGAUGGUGCAAGAAAACCACAUCAUGCCCAAAGGCAAGAACUACUUUGAAAGUUGUCAGGAAGACCACGUAUACCAUUGUUCUGCUCACCAUCACUGCGGUCACAGGAGCUACAGGGAACGACAGAGUGUCAGCAACAGUAGGUAACAGCUCCGUGUUCACUUGCCCUCAGAAAUCAAAUACAACUAUGGUAUCAUGGAAGAUAAGUCCCAAGGUUGGAGGGCCCUGUGCCCUGGGAUACAAGGCUGAUCAGAACAAGACAGACAGAACAAACUGCAGUGACAGCAUAAACUGGAAAUUCAGACCAGAUCGGGAUCCUACCCUCGAGAUACGGCAAGUGAAAAUAGCCCAUGAGGGAAAUUACACCUGUGAAGUAGUAGCACCAGAAGGGAAUUUCCACAAGACAUACCACCUGACUGUGCUGGUCCCUCCCAAGCCAACCCUGUCCUGUGAUGACCAAGGGAACCCCGUGUGCCAAGCAGCGGCAGGGAAACCGGCUGCCCAGAUCUCGUGGGUCCAAGAGAGCAACUCCACCCCCAAUGAAGAAGGCCAUGACGAUGGGACAGUGACUGUUUUCAGCAAGUUCACAGCACACAGCACCAAAGUGACUAAUGCAACCUGCAUUGUGUCCCACCCAGCUGGGAACUGGAGUGCGUCCAUAGCCUGUCCUCCACGACAAGGAGAAACCUGUAGAAGCCGGGGCCUCUUCCACCUGCAGAGCUGUCUGGGCCUAGUUCUGUCCCAGCACCUGAGCAGCGAUGAAGGAAACCCCCAGUGUGCCUCAGUCAGCAACGCGACGUGCGGCAGGGACUCGAAGCCUUCAGGAGAAAGAAGCCAGUAUCUGUAA